AUGACAAGACAAGAUCUGAAGAUUGUUGAAGAGGUCGACAACGUGACGCAGGCUCUUCGUAAAUUACUACGCCCCCCGAAGCACACGAGACAGCAAUCCAAGUCAGUCGAGAUCCCUUGGCGGCUGCGUUUCUACAUCAAGACAUUGGAAGAAAAACGGUAUCUCGAGAGGACCAUUGUCCGGACAGAGAAUGGCUAUUUUGGUAUUACGCGGGACACUGUUAGAAAGGGUGACCUGCUGGUACAAUUCGACAUUGACGAACGUGUGUAUUUCAUUAUAAGACAGGUCAGAACUGAUCUUUUGAACGGCAUCUAUAUCAACAUGCAGCUGCGCUCUAAACGCAAGUUUGGGGCCAUUGCGCCUUCCAACCAAUCGAUCCAGGUCGUUCAACCUUCCAAAAAGAGGAAGACGGGCUCGGCCAAAAAUGGCGGUCGUACAGCUGACGCACAGCAUCCGCGACUUAGUUUGCUUGGAAUGCCAGCAGAGAUCCGUAAUCGCAUCUACCAAUUCGCCACUGAUGACUACGUAGUCGACACUGUGCGAUUCCUCGAUGGAGAUGAAGAUGCCUUCGAUAUCGAUACUUCUCCGCAAAUCUUGAAGCCCCGGGUCACGAAAUACAAGCCAUGGUCGAAGACGAAGCCUGCAAAACCGCAUUACCCAUUCUUCGGCUUGUCGCAGGUCUGUCGACAACUCCGCGCUGAAUAUCGUCCGCUAUGGCUCAGUUCGUCGACCUUUGCGAUCAAAUAUCAAGACCUCGAAGCACUUCUGGGGGCGUUCUUCUCAGAAGAUGCGCGACUAGAUGGUGACAGUCAGGAAGCAGUCGGGCUUGGUCGACUGAUAAUUGACUGGGAGGACCGUCAGAGCGCCCAGCUCCUUCCGAUUCUCCGGUUCGCACACCGCUACCCCAACACAACUGUUGCCUUCUCUCAUGUCCCUACCUGGACUCCGCUCUGGCUGAAGGUCAAGUGUCCAGAUUGUGGUCAUCGAGGAAGUGGAGCCCGGAAGCCCCUCUGCGAGCACAAAUCCGACCGGCUGGAUGACUGGACCGAGGCGUGGCCGGACAUGCAUAACAACUACCUUACCACGGUUCAUGCUCUCCUGAGUCACGACAACGAGGCUUGGAAGUCUGACAUUCGCACCGGCUUCAUCGAGCGCGUGGACCUUCCGGUAUGGCGCGAUUUGAAUCCAUUUGUGGAGAAUAAGCUCGAUCAUCUCUCGAUGGAGCUAACGCUCUCGCGGAAAAACAGUAGCUCGUGGAUGCCCCUGGAAAGGUUUCGCGGCCAUGAGACAUGUCUCUCUCAAGAGGAUUGCGUUGAUGAUUGCGUCUGGGGGGACUACCUCGAAGGGAUCGACUUACCCGCCUUGAAAUACCCUGACACGGUUUAUAUCACUAUGUAG